UUGCAAUACUGUACAUUAUAUAACUGUAGUAGGCAAGUUACUAAAGACUGUACAUUACUGUCAUAAAAUUUUAUAACCUUAUUUCCUGUAAUAAUAAAUCCAGUAGUAUAUACUACUUAAGCUCAAUAAAACUUUCGUAAGAGCUGAUCGUAAUAGAUUAUAUCCACAUUUUAUUUACAAUUGAUUAAACAAUAAGAAUUAAUAAAGAGAACUCAACAAGGGAAAAUUUUUUAACAAAAACAACAAAGAAUUGAGAAUAUGCAAAACCAAAGAAGAAGAGGUGAAGACACAAUCGAAAAUCGCCACAUUUCUAUGGCUCUAGAUUCUCGAAUCAAUCAAUCUUUCCAUUCCGACGACGUCAAAGAGUUUUCGGGAGAAAAACUUCUUCUAGAGAUUCUCACUUUGUAUUAUUCUUGGAAGAGAAUCCACGGCAAUAUCUCGGCCGAUAAAAAUUUCGAAAGGCUCGUCGUUUAUCACAUGGCCAAAGUGUGCACUUAUUGGAAUGUCAAGGAUUCGUCUUUGGUAGCCGAAGUGCUCAAUUGCAUAUUUCACUCCGAAGGACAUUUCUCUAUGAUAUUCAAUCACGCCGGUAUAUACUCCAACAACGCGUUGUCUGUGGGACAGUGGCUGUUGACUCCCGAACAACACGACGCGUAUCUCGUAGAACAUCACACAGUUUCUUUUUUUCUUUACCACGCCAACAAAGUCAGGAUGACGUUUUGUGGCACCCGUUUUGUCGAUCGCUGUAUCGAAUAUCCGUCUCGAUUGGCUCCGUGCUAUCUGGCUGCAAUUCUCGUCAAACCCCAAUUACUAUUACUAUUAUUACAAUACGGUGCAAGACUCGUCCCAAAAUACGAAGAACUGAGAAGUUUCUUGGAUAAUUUCGAAGCCGCGGAUUUAUAUAUUGUGUUGUUAAAACUUAUAUCUAGGCUGAGAGAAACAGUAGACGACGAUAUCGAUGCGGCUUUGGAAAACGAUAAUUCUCUCAAAAUAUUGAGUUGCUUGAAGUUCCUAUUGAGAGCUUCGGGUCAAUUGCAAAAACGUUCGAUCGAGUUGAUUAUUUAUCAGGCCGAUAACGAAAGAAAUAGAAAUUUUAUGUACAAAUUGAUGGAUACGGGUAUUCUGGAGUCGUUACGCCAUCGUUAUUUAGAGCCGUGCCCGUUGAAACAUUUAGCGAGAUGUACGAUAAGAAACGUUCUCAAUGAAAAUUGGCAACUUCCUCAUGGAAUACCAAAGCUUCCUUUGCCUUUAUUUAUUCAGAAAUAUUUAAAUCUUCUCGAAGAUUAAUUAUCAAAGAUAAAAAAAAUAAUGAUAAAAAUAUAGCACCAUUUAAAAAUUGUUUAAAUUCGAAUUUAAUAAAUUUUUUUG